GGUAAAUAAAAAAUAUUUUCGUGACAUCAAAACAUUCAAAAACAAGAAGUUAUUGAAAAAUGUCGAUUGAUUCAUGGAUUAAAGAUCGAUUGGUUGCAUGUCUUGAUUUUGAUGUACCAGACGAGAUGGUAUCUUAUAUACAAAACAUCAAAGAUGAGGAUUCUCUUAAAAGUUACUUUGAAUCUUUAUUGGAUUUCACAAACGAGACUCAUUGUAUAUUUUACAAUAAUCUCAAGCAAAAAUUGUUUCCUUCAAAGCAUAUUGCAAAGAUGAUGAGCAAUAAAACUUCGCAAUCACAGCAAAAGCCGAAUAGCAAGAAAAGUGAUGACGAUGAUCAAGCAAAUCGAACAGGAGCAAAAAGAAAGACGAAAUAUUACAACUAUUUUGGUAAAGAUGGACAAGCAAAUGAUGUUGUCAUGUUGAAAGGGCGAAACAAAUGCGAAUGUCAGGCAGGCAAACACAAACUUGUUAAUAAUUGUCUGAAAUGUGGACGAAUUGUUUGUGAACAAGAAGGAAGUGGUGCUUGCUUUUUCUGUGGCAAUUUAGUAUGUUCCGAAGAGGAAUUGAAAGUCAUCAAUUCUCAAUCGAAGAAAGGAGAAAUCUUAAAGAAAACUUUAUUAGAACAAAAACGACCAAAAGGAUUAGAAGAAGCAAUCGCGCAACGUGAUCGUCUUCUUGAAUACGAUCGUCAAAGUGAACAAAGAACCACAGUGAUUGAUGACGAGUCUGAUUACUUUAAAUCUAAUUCAGUGUGGCUUUCAGAAGAAGAGAAAAAGAAACUUGGAUCACUCGAAGAAAUGUUGAUGGAGAAGAAACACGCAAGUCGUGUGAAUAAGAAAGUUACUAUCGACUUUACAGGUCGUCAAGUGGUGGAAGAACCGCAAUUGUCAAAAGAACUUGAGGAAAAUAUUUUGAGACAAGUUUUAGAAUUGAAUUCACGUUCCAACUAUACCGGAGCUAUCAAUCCAGAAAUGAUGGCGAAUGCUCCAAUAUUUGAUGAAAAUAUCCAAACUUCAUUCCCAAAAUUAAAGUCAACAUCUGGCUUUGAUGGAGUUUAUAAUCGUGUGCAAGAUAAAGAGUUUCAAGAGAUGUCAGAUAUGAAAUGUUGUCUAUCAAUGCAUCAACCAUGGGCAACAUUAUUGAUUGCUGGAAUUAAAAAACAUGAAGGAAGAAAUUGGUACACAGCUCAUCGAGGUCGACUAUGGAUAGCAUCUACUGCAAAACCAACUAAUCCGGAUGAAGUUAGUUAUCUUGAAAACUUCUAUAGACAACAUUAUAAGGAUGAGAAUAUGACGUUUCCAUCGCAACAUCCUUCCGGAGUUUUAUUGGGUUGUGUGAAAAUUAUUGAUUGUCUACCUCAAGAGGAAUAUCGCAAAAUUUAUCCCGAAGGAGAGUCUGACAGUCCUUUUGUGUUCAUUUGUGAAGAUCCUCAAGAGCUUCCAGUUAAAUUUCCAAUUAAAGGAGAACAUAAAAUUUAUCAUGCUGGAACUGCACUUUAUGGAGAGAAUCAGAUCAAGGAAAUUACAGAAAAGCUAACUAGUAAUUUCUACUGUAAUCCUCAUACUUCAAGAACGACUGAAAAUAUUAUUGACCAAGUUCGUUAUCGAAUUUUGAAACAUUUCAAUGCUGCCUUUGAAGAUUAUUCAGUGAUUUUUACAUCCGGUGCUACUGGUGCGUUAAAACUUGUUGGUGAAACAUUUCAGUUUACUGAAAACGAUUCGUUUUAUUAUCUUACCGACUCACAUACUUCUGUACUCGGCAUGAGAGAAAUUGUUGGAACUGAAAAUAUUAUUCCACUUACCAAACAAGAACUACUUGAUAAAGCUCUUAAAUUGAAUCAUCCUGGUCUCAUCACAUUCCCAGCUAAGUGCAACUACAAUGGCUUCAAGUAUCCACUAGAAAUCAUUGAAAAAUUCCAUGACGAUCCUCAAAUGUUUGUCUGUCUUGAUGCUGCUUCAUUUGUGUCUACAAACCAUCUCGAUCUUGGUCGAUAUAAACCUGAUUAUGUUUGCAUAUCUUUUUAUAAAAUUUUUGGAUAUCCGACUGGACUUGGAGCUUUGAUUGUCUCAAAAAGAGGGGAAGAAAGACUCAAGAAAAAGUAUUACGGUGGUGGAACUGUCAAGAUUGCUUUAACUCGAACAAAUUGGCAUCAAAACCGAGAUCCAAUUCAUGAAAGAUUUGAAGAUGGCACAAUUUCAUUUCUUUCCAUCAUUUCCCUUCAAACAUGUUUUCAAUUUAUGCAAAGACUUUUGGGAGCUGAUUUUAUUAAUCGAAUUUCAAGACAUGUUUUUAAUUUAGGGAGAUAUUUGCAUGGAGAAUUAGGAAAGCUAAAACAUCACAAUGGACAGCGAGUUGUUGUGUUUUAUCAUGAAACUGAUUUCAAUGAUUUCAAUACGCAAGGUGGAAUUGUCAACUUCAACUUGCAACACGCUGAUGGAUCAUUCGUUGGUUUUGCUGAAUUUUCUUGUAUUGCUGCUCUUCAUAAUAUUAUUUUACGUACGGGAUGUUUUUGUAAUCCCGGAUCGUGUCAAACUCAUUUAAAAUUGACACAUGACGAUUUGAUGAAACAAUUUAAUGCUGGACAUGUUUGUGGAGAUGAAAAUGAUUUGAUUGAUGGAAUUCCGACAGGUUCAAUUAGAGCUUCAUUUGGAUACAUGACAACAAAGGAGAAUGUCGACAAACUUGUUCAAGUCAUUAAGGAAUGUUACGUUGAAGACACAAAAAGCCGAAUUUUAUUGUCACGUAAUGAAAUAAAAAAGAAUUACAAGAUUAGCAACGUGAAAUCGAAGAAUCCAACAUUGAAGUCAAUGAGAAUAUUUCCAAUUAAAUCGUGUGCUCCAAUGGUGAUUAACAAAAGUUGGAAGAUUAACAGUAAAGGUUUGAAAUACGAUCGUGAAUGGGUGAUUAUUGAUGGAAAUAAUGGAACUUCAUUAACACAGAACAAUGAAACUCGUAUGUGUUUAAUUCGACCUUUUAUUGAUGAAUUGAAAUCAACAUUGCGAUUAGACUUUCCCGAAUUUCCUAGCAUCGAAAUUGCUCUUCGGAAUAAAAAUUUACCAUCACGUGAAGCAAUGUUGUGUGAAACCAAAGUUUGUGGCGAUCGAAUUCAAGGUUACGAUUGUGGAGAUGAAGUUGCAAACUGGCUUAGUUCAGUGUUGUCAAUUGACAAUCUUCGACUUGUUAAGCAAAGUGAAGAAAGUGGAAGGAAAAAUGGUGCAAUUUCACUUUCAAAUCAAGCACAAUUUCUUCUAGUUAGUGAACCAUCUGUUAAAUGGCUUAUGGAUCAUGUAGAUGAAUGGGAUGACACUGUUGAAAAUGUUGACAAUAUCAUUGAUCGUUUUCGGGGAAAUUUUAUAAUCGACAAUCUUGAAGCGUUAGCUGAAAAUGAUUUUAAAAUGAUUAAAAUCGGUCAAAUUGAUUUUGAAGUGCAAGGACCAUGUACUCGUUGUCAGAUGAUUUGUAUUGAUCAGGCUUCUGGACUCAAAACAACGGAACCUUUAAGGACAAUUGGCAAACUUUUCAAAGGAAAAACAAGAUUUGGAAUAUAUUUAAGACAUUUAAGUACUGACGAAGUUAUUAUUAAUUGUGGUGGUGAUAUAUUUGUAAAAGAGAUUUAAUAAAUACAUUUUUUUUCUAGCUUAUGCAACAAUCUGUGAUCGUCUGUUGUUUAACUGAUUUCAUUUCUUUUCCUUCCUUACACAAUUUCAC